AUGUAUUUAUCUACACCUGUAUCAUCAUUAAAAACUGAUCCAUUGAUUUCUUGGGAAGAAUUAAAACCCCUGUAUCCAUUUAUAUAUAAUUUAGCCUUAAAAUAUUUAUCUGGUGUCUGUACGUCUGUCCCAAGUGAAGGCUUUUUUCUUGUGCUAGCAACACCAUAUCAAAAAGAAGAAACCGAUUAUGUGGGAAAUCGGCAUCGAAAUUAA